AUGUAUUGGGGGGGAGUUAUGGCAGGCCACAUGGGUGGGGGUGUCCUAGAAGAGGAGGUAUGGAGGAAGGGACCAUGGACUGCUGAAGAGGAUAGAUUGCUUAUUGAGUAUGUCAAGCUGCAUGGUGAAGGUAGAUGGAACUCUGUUGCAAGGCUUGCAGGAUUGAAAAGAAAUGGGAAGAGCUGCAGAUUGAGAUGGGUGAAUUAUCUGAGACCAGACCUCAAGAGGGGUCAGAUAACACCACAAGAAGAGAGCAUAAUUCUUGAGCUGCAUGCUAGGUGGGGAAACAGGUGGUCAACAAUUGCAAGAAGCUUGCCAGGAAGAACAGAUAAUGAGAUAAAGAAUUAUUGGAGAACCCAUUUCAAGAAAAAGGCAAAAAGUCCCUCUGAUGCUGCAGAGAAGGCUAGAAAUAGACUCCUGAGGAAGCAGCAAUUUCACCAGCAACAACAGUUGCAGCAGCAGCAGGUACAACAGCAACAGCAACAACAACAACUGCAAUUCAACUUGGACAUGAAAGGGAUCAUGGCCUUGCUUGAUGACAACAACAGUCAUAGAGUGCCAUAUACAUCUCAACUGAGACAAGAAAUGGUCAACAUGUACCCAAACACCACAGAAGAACAUGGAUACUUAUACUCUAUGCUCAAUGGCAACACCUCAGCACCGGAGGCCUCAACAGAAGAAACUUUCUGGGAUGGACUGUGGAACUUGGAUGAUGUUCAUGGCAAUUUCAGUGUAGCUAAUGCAACUGCAAACAAAGCUGGUCUAUACAAUUUAGUUGCUCCCUUUUGUUAA